UGAUGAUAGCUAUAAAUAGCUUCUAACCUAGUUCAUGUUACAAUAGUCUUAGUUCUUCAAUGACUAACUAUUUUAUCUUCCUUUGUUGUGUACAAAUUCUUAUCAUUAUUGUUACAAUUGAUUCGUCUAAAGAUGAAAACCAAUUUGAUGCAAUCGAAGAAUCUAAAACAAAAAUUGGGAUGAUUGGUUGGGGAGGCUGGAAAGUCAUGGGAAGAAGAGAAAAUGAUAAUGGAGGAGAGAAAGAAGGUGGAAAGGGCGAAGAAGUGCAAGAAGAAGGUGAAAAAGAAGAAGGUGAAAAAGAGAAUGAAAAUGAACAAAGUCCUGGGGGUGCAGGAAGUUGGGGUUGGGGAGGUAACGCUAAAAACGGAUAUGGACAAAGUGGUGGGCGUGCGGGAAGUUGGGGAUGGGGAGGUUUAUUUGGCAGCAAAAAUUGAAAAAUGAUACUCAUUACACCCCAUAUAUUACUCAUGAAAAUAGGCACACGUUGUGUAUGGACCUAAGUAUUUGUUUGGUACUACGUUGCAUUUGGUAGAAUCACGUUAGAUAUCCACGUUGUCGUGAAAGCUACAUACAGUAUCUUCUUUGUUUUCACGUUUACAAUGCAUUAGGACGCGAGAAUGCCAACACAAACGUACUUCCAAACAUACACUAAAUCUUUUUUUAUACAAAAUCAAUUUUUUAAAAAAAUUAUAUUCAUAGACAUGAGAGAUACAAUAUUGUUAUUUAUAAGUUUUUGGAUUCUGUAAAAGAUUAACUGUUUUUGGCGUUAGGAAACCAAAUGUAUCAAAAGUAAAUGGUAUGAAACAUGUUGGUUGUCGAAACAUGUUUUUUCAUGUUUGAACACUUUAUUUAAAGCAGUUGACAUUUGUCCGUCUCAUAAUAAAACCUCCAAUUUUCAUCCCCACCGAUGAAAAAACUUCAGAUAAAUUCACGAAAGUAUGUUUUCCUCCUACCUAUCCAUACAAUAGAAUUUAUGCCGACCUAUAUUUCAUUCUCCCUAAGCAAUGGUAUGAAUGCAUGUAAGAAUUCUAUUUCUGAAGAGAUAUAAAUGAUUUAAGUGAUUUUGAAUAUUAUAUAUGAUAUUUUACAUUGAAGUUUAAUUUUCAACUCACUUUUACAUUAAAAUAUCAAAAUAUAAACCAUUUUAACUAGUUACUGGAAAAAAAAACCUUUUAUCUUCAACUAACUUGUAGGAAAAAAUAAUUAUUUUCAAAAAUAAUUUUUAGUAAUAUAGAUGUUGUAAAUUUUGAUGAUAUUUCAAAAGUUUUAAAUAGUUUUUGUCUCAAUUUUAAGUGAAAAAUAAGAUAAAAUAUUUUUAAAGAAAAUUACUAUUAUUAUCAUUUUAUUUAUAAUUUAAAGCAAAAAUUAAUGUGGUCCAUAAUGAGUUUAUUAUAAUAUUGACUUAGUCUAUUCUCUUAUAUGUAUAUAUAUGUCUACUCUCUUACUUUUAGAGAUAGUAGAAAAAAUAAAAUACUUUAACGUGAUAAUCUAACAAAACCUCCUUUAUUCUUCCUUUUCUUUUGUUGCUCUUUUGUUUUUGGAUUACAUCUUUCGGUCAUCUCAAAGAGUAGUUCUUGUUGUUCUGAUACCUCAGAUUGAUAAUGAGAAUCUGGGAAGAACCUGUUGAAUCCUGGGGGAUUUGCGCUUAUGAGGCGGAUAAAUCCUUAAGGACAGUGUUUUUACACGCCUCAGGUUUAUAUAAUUGUUUAUUAUUUUGCAGGUCAAAGAUCAAUGAUUACAAGAAAAUGGAAUCAAACUAUGUGGGCGAUCAUAUUCUACAACAAUAGAAACAACACACUCUUAGCUCAAGACAAAGAGAUAUUCUUCUCAAGACUGCACUAGUAGUUAAAAAAAUGAACAGACAUUAAGGAAAGCUCUAAUGAAAGGUAGCCUUGAAAUGCAAUUUUAGAAGACUAAUAUAUCUUGUAUGUCAUCUGAAACAAGAGAAGUACAAUAAUUUGAUGAAGUAAUUCAAUUUAUAACAAACAAUGAAUCAAAGUAU